ACAGUUCAAGUGAUUUAUUUGCAUGGACUAGUGAAUGGUGUUCAUUAUUCUUACUACUUUCAAUAGUUGCUGAUUUUCUAUAUCUUCUGUUUUCACUAGAAAAAAGUACAGUAACAUUGCUGUUUGAGAAUCUUUACUUACUUAAAACGUCAUCACUAUACCUACAAACAGUGUAUACAGACGCGCGCACAUAUCUGUUUACCUGUUUGCUAUUUAUUGUAUGUGUCAGUGUUCUAACUGUAACCAAAGUUGGAAAAGUCAAAUGUGUACGUGAUCAGAUUUCAGGUUUAGAGUUCACCUGAAACUGUAAAAUCACCUAUCCUUGAAAAUUUCAACUUUUAAGGCGUUAUACACCUUUUUUCAGAUAGUUUUAUUUCCAGAAAAAUUUUAUCAAAGUCUACAGUCUAAUCUGUGUCUAACAGAUGGAAAUAUGAAUGAUUUGAAAGAUAGAGAAGAAGAACAGCACAUCAGAGAAGAAGAAAACACAUCAGCAAUCACAACAACUAUUGAAGGUGAUCGAAUCGAUUCUGUUGAGGAUUAUAUUUUGGAAAAUUCACAAAUGCAACAGGAUCGACUAUCUUCACAGUCAUCUCAUAUGGAGCAUGCAGUAGAGGAAUAUGAGGAGGAGGAGGACGACGAAGAAGAACAAGAAGAAGCAUAUGAACGAGAUAACUAUUCAAAGGAACCACCGAAAUAUAUUAAUGGGGAUGAAAAAGUUUUUCAAGCAAAAAUGCAAAACAUUCUCCAAGAAAUGAAAAUGAAGGAGAUUAUCCGAGAUAAAAGUGGAGAACGAACUUUUAGACAAACAAAUGCUCAUACAGUGAAUAGUAGACCGUUAUCACCUGAAUCCACAGAUUUAACAUCUGAUCAUAGCUAUGACGGUUAUUAUAUGAAGCAUGAAGAAGAAGCAAUUACAGUGGAAGAAGUAGAACGAAGAGAUGUUACUGAAGAUGAAAAUAACGAGAGAAUAUCAACAGUUGACGACAGGGAGAGCUCAACUCAGUAUGAAUUAGAACCAGAGACAGAGGAUAUCAAACAUGCUGAAUCACAGGAACAGCCAAAAGGCGUUGAGUGUACAUUUGAAGAAAGUUUAUCUGAGAGUAUGACACAUACAUCAGAAGAUUCUGAUGCACAAAGUCGUCUAAUCUACAAUGCAGUUCCGGCUAUGAAUUCCAAAACAAAUGAUGCAGUGAACUUUGUUCAAGAGCAGAUUGAAACAUUGAAAUUCAGUGAAGAGCCAAAGGUUAACGUUACCUAUCCAAAUAAUCACUCAGCCACAGCCUUCUAUGAUAAUUCGCACAUCAAUAACACAGAAAGACUCAUAUCAAAUUCGCCAACAAACCCAACAUCCACACCUAUGCAACCAACAUCUCAAUACGUAACCAACUCGAGAUCUCGUCCAAUAAGACCAAUAUAUCAAAGUUCGGCUACUUUAUCUAAUCAACCUAAGCCAGCUCACCAUAAUUCUUCUUCAGCAAUGCAUUAUCCCAUCCGUAGAGCCUAUUCACCGAAAGAAGAACCUAUCAGUCCACCAAAAAGUAUUGUUCACAUUGGAUCACAAGUGAUAUCUGAACAAAGUGGACCAUCAUUAACAAUUUCUUUACGUCGUCCAAACAGUGAACGUCAUUGGGGAUUCACAUUCUACGGUGGGGCAGAACACGGAUGCCCACCAUUUGUAAACAAGGUUACCAUAAAUGGAUUGGCUAAUCGAGCUGGUGUGGAAGUUGGUGACGUUAUAGUUAGCAUUUGCAAUUCAUUAACUGUUGGUAAGACAUAUGAACAAGUGAAGGCUGAAAUGCUACGCGCCGGCAAUGAAUUAGACCUCAUACUGAUUAGACGAGGAGUUGACAUGAACAAAGUGAUGCAGAUCGCGCCUCACCUUAUGCCUACCUCUUCCUUCAAUCAACAAACAUCAUUUGAUUCCGACACUAGUAGCCAGAGGAAACUGUCAACAAGAUCAUUAACACGAGGUCGCUCGUUUCGUCCUAUCCAGACAAAAUCAUUGCGCAUCCUGGAGCAGCAACUGAGUAUUGGGGAAAGUACAGGCAAUCCAGUGGUAAAGGUUAGACAGGUAGCAGCUGAACCCCGUGGAAUAACUCCACCUGCUUACAACACCUCAUUCACUAAAGCCUACGGGCAGAAUGUCAGCAGUCAAAUGUAUAUUCCAGAUCGUCAGAUAAAACCACAACAAUUUCGACCAGUAUCCAUGACAACAGUUAUACAUCCCACUCAUAGUCCACAAGGCAACCAGCCACAGUACAACUCAUACGAAUAUGAUCGCACAACCUACAAUAUUUCACCGAACCAGUGGGUGACCACUCAACCGAUUCAACUGUGGAAUAAUACUGGGAAUAAUUAUACCACCACUGUCAUUACCAAUAGAAAUAACAAUCGUGGUAAUUAUGCUGACAGCAAUGUUGGUCGUCAGUCCUACCAACGGACUGAAAAUAUUAACUGGAUGAAGGCUACUCCGUCAAAUCAAUAUACAGAAAGCGAUUAUCAUCAUCAGAACACUUACACGAUCAAUAGUUAUAGCGAACAAACUGGAUAGUUUAAUCACGAAGUUGUGACUUCUUUUCUGUUCAACAACAUCAACACAAACAAUGAAAAGAAUUGAUCUAUAGCAUUCCUCCUCAAGUGGAUUACUAGCUUCACUUGAUAACCAUAGGAGUGAUUGGAACAAUUAUUCGCCAUUCGCCGUUAUACACUUAGCUUCGAAAACACUGUUACCUACUAUUUGCCUACGUCUUUACCACACGAAUGUUCCCGUAAGAUCGGACAGACUUGAAUUUCGCAUUUACUGUGAAGAUGUUCAGAAGUUACUCCUCGUAGAGGUUUCACUACCUUUCUAAACAGCAUUUUUUGCGCAAACUUCACAGGAAAGUGAUCUAUAGACAUUUAUAUACAUUGGGACUAUUAGUUUGUUUCGAUAACGUCGUGUGUGAAUAGCUGAUUUUAAUAACAAGUCGUUACUGAACCCAUACUACAAUUGUCUGGAAGAUUAUUAUAAUGCGGUAACAGCAUCAACCAAUUUCGCUUACAGCUAUCAGCACCAGAUUAUGAUCCCUUCGUAGUGAAAUCCUCAUAGCUGAUUUCUUUCUGCACUGAAUAACAAUAAAAGCCAGAUGACUCAACCAUCCAGCUGACAAAGCUCAACACUAAGAAGCGAUUCACUUUGAGUCUGAUGAGGCAGUUCAAUAAACCGUGUGCUUUAUUGUUAGAAAUUACUUAGAGGUGACUGGCAGUCUAUUCUAGGAUCUGCGUUUGGUUCCGUGUGGGAAUCUUCAGCUAAAUGUGCCUGCACCCUUAUGCUUAGUGGUGUCUCCACUGAGACUCUAAUCCAUCCCCCCUCGCUUUAAACGUCAAAUUGUCUCCAACUAGGUCAAUGAGCCACGACAGCUAACUCUUGUAAAACGAGAAAUCAGGUUGAUUAUCUGGUAAAAUAACAAACUUAGUGACGAAUGUUACUGUACUAUUACUGUGUGUUAUGAAUAUAAUUAUUGCAUUUUUGAAACGUUAUUCACCAAGAAGUAAAAAAGGAAAAGGCUAUUUUGUUGAUGAAAUUAUGCACCUGAAUGUAAUACUGUGUGCAGAAAACAUGCGUUUCAAAUAUAUAUGAAUAAGGAUUAGUCCAGUGAAGAUUUAUACACUAGGCUAUGAGAUAUAUCAAAGCAGGUGCGAUGGGCUCUGAAUCCACAACCCAUUCCUUGAGAAUCGAAUGCUUACUGAAGUGAAGACAUUACGAGACCCUACACAUUCUACUGUUAGUUAUUUCAAAACCAUAGUUAAUUAACUACCAAAAGGAAACUAUUGUAGGACAUGUUAUCGAUAUGGCUCUACAUUUUCAAACUCAAAGCUCUCAAUAAUACUAAAAUGUCCACAUUAAAAGUCACUGGGUGUAAAUGCUCUGCCAAUCAGUAUGAUCAAUAUGCAUUGGAACAGGUGAUGCUGUCUGCCUAAACCAACUGUGAGCAUGUUGAAGCAGAUAAAAAAUCUGAGCCAACCCACACUUCUAAGUCUUUCUUGUUGUCAAGCAGCCUUUCCAUACUUUUAUAUCAUGUCCAAACUUUAAAAUAUAUACUCUAACCAUGAGUUAUACAUUGAAAUGAAGAACAGGAGAUUACUUCAAAUGCUGCAUCGAAGAACAUUACCUUACGCAGCCACAGUCUACUAGGGAUUCAUCCAGUACCAGAUCUGUUCCAAUCUAUCCUGCAACCUAUUCACCCUACAGAUAUUAAUCAUGAAUCCGAAUAUCACUAACUUCUCCGCCUGUUGAAAAACAGAAAACAAAUUCAUUCAUAGAUUCACUCACGAACAAAUUUACAACCCUUUUUAACCUUGAAAUCUACCUAUUCAUAUUGCAAAUCUGUUUUCGCAACAACCAACAGUUUAUCUUUGCCAGUUGUGUUUGUGUUUUGAAACUUAGCCUUAACAUCCCUUUCUAUUUUCUCGUAUUUAGCCUAUUUUUCUUCAACAUCAUAGCCCGUCGAAUUGUUCAUUUUCCAUUUCCAGCAGAGAAGAAUGAUUAUUAUUGGCUUAAGUCAUUGCUUAACAGCGUUACACAUUCUUCCCUUAUCCUAUUCUGAGUAAUAAUUUCAUUCAUUCAGUCAGAUUAUAUAUAUUACAUGGAUAUGUUCUUGUUUAUGCAUUUUAUUUAUUAGAAAAGGACGAUACAGAAUUGUCUAUCCUGUACUUAAUCCUGAGUAUAACAUUAAGUCUUGUACACCAAGUAUAUCUGAUAUGUUGUUAAGCUAUUCUUGGGCGUUUGUGUGUGUGUUGCACUGAUCGGCGUGGUGCUUGAAACUUUUACCUACAUCGUCUCCCUUAAUAUUAUAUCAGAGAGUUAGAUACUUAGAUAGACGAUAGCUUGUCAACAUGUCUUUCAUACAUCUCAAUAAUCACUUAAAUCAAUUUCAUAAUAACCUUAUUAUCAGUAUUAUUAUUAUUAUUAUUGUUUCGUGUUUUCCUCUGUGGAUGGCAUCCUAGAGCAAUUAAGCUUUAAACGAGUGAAUGUUUUGUAGUAGAUGUGUUUAGCCCAUCUUUACCUGCAAGAGAAUAAACGUAUUUUUAAAGGUGUA